UCAAGGAUCGAUACACACCUGCCUUACAAGUUAUAAUAUCCUCUGCUAGCUCUCUUUACAGUUCCAACCGCAAUGGCUGCCAGGAGAACCAUUCUUCUCGCCGUGGCUGCGAUGGCCGUCCUGAGCACCGCGUCAGCGGCAAUCUACAACGUGGGCGAGCCGGGCGGCGCAUGGGACCUUAGCACCAACUACGGCACUUGGGCGUCCUCUAGGAACUUCCAAACCAGCGAUCAGAUCGUCUUCAAGUACUCCCCUCGGGCACACGAUGUCCUUGAAGUCAGCAAGGCAGACUACGACUCUUGCAGCACGGCCAACCCCAUCACCACCUUCAACUCCGGGAAUGAUGUUGUCACCCUCACAGCCACCGGCACCCGGUACUUCAUUUGUGGUUUCCCUGGUCAUUGCGCGGGCGGCAUGAAGGUUAAGAUCGAUGUCAUGCCAGGCUCCUCCUCUACGUCACCCGCCCCGGCCAGCGGCCCAAGUGCAAGCAAUGCUCCCCCGCCGACACCUGUCUCCGCUGCCACCAAUGUGGAGGCCACGGGAUUUGGCCUUGCCGUUUUGCUUGCCAUUGCCGGCCUCAUGGCUUGAGUGCAUCUCUGUAGUCGCAGGCACAUGUGUAUUUUAUGUAUAUUCAAGUAAUUAUUACUAGCAACUAUCUGUGUGUAUGAUCAAGUUGUUAUGUGUAUGUUGGGUGUAUUCCGGCUUUGUGUAUUGCUGAUUCAU